UGGGAAUAGGGUGGCAACAUCUUGAGGAUCGAAGCCUAAUCUUUGCUGCCAACCGUUAUUUCAGUUUAUUUAAUUGGAACUUUGGAUUCCAAAUCAUGUAUUGAUCCCCUGUAACGACGACGGGCUUAAAGAGUUUCGGAUUCCCAAUCAAAACUGAAGCCACCCAACCAUGGCGUCUAGCGUCUCUCAUCGCUACUGCUACCACAAUUUUUUGACGCAUUCACUUCUCCAUAGCUCACACAACUUCUCUUCCUCCGUUUUCACUCACCGGAAUCUACGAAACUGUAAAGUUUCAGUUCGCUUUAGGACUACUGCCAAAUCAUAUCUGAACAAAGUCCCGGGGGUUAAGCCGGACAAAUCAGCUCAUGAUUCCGAAUCUAGAACCGAAUCUUCAUCUAGUUCGGAUUCCGGGGUCAACAAUCCGGAUCCGGAUCCUCCAUUACGGCCGUCUCUCUGGAACUCGGCCUCUCCCAUAUUAGAGGGAUUUAAAGUGGAUGGACUGGUUAGGGAGAUUUUAUCAGUUGCAUUGCCUGCUGCACUGGCUCUGGCUUCUGACCCCAUUGCUUCGCUUAUUGAUACUGCAUUCGUUGGCCACUUGGGAUCGGUUGAAUUGGCAGCAGUCGGGGUUUCAGCAUCAGUGUUCAACCUUGUAUCGAAGUUGUUCAACAUUCCUCUCCUGAAUGUUACAACUUCUUUUGUUGCCGAAGAGCAGGCAUUACUGAAAACUGAUGGUGGUGCCGGUCAACAUGGCAAAAUUAUUCUUCCUUCAAUAUCAACUUCAUUAGCACUUGCUACGGGCCUUGGCAUUGCAGAAGCUAUUGCAGUUUCUUUUGGCUCCAGCUUUCUGAUGGAUACAAUGGGUAUAACUGCUGAUUCGCCAAUGCGCACACCUGCUGAGCAAUUUCUUACCAUGAGGGCAUUUGGUGCUCCAGCAGUUGUAAUAGCACUUGCCACUCAGGGAACCUUCCGUGGGUUCAAGGACACAAAGACUCCUCUAUAUGCAGUUGGUACCGGUAACUUGCUGAAUGCAAUAUUGGAUCCAAUUUUGAUAUUUUUCUGUGGUUUUGGCAUAAGUGGUGCUGCAAUUGCUACUGUGAUUUCUGAGUACUUGAUUGCUUCCAUCCUGCUCUUCAAGUUAAAUGAACGAGUCAGUCUUAUUGUUCCAGAUAUUGAUGGGGGAAGAGUUGUUCGAUAUUUGAAAUCUGGUGCUCUACUUACUGCGAGAACAUUAGCAGUUUUUGCAACCACUACACUAGCAACUUCACUGGCUGCUAGAGAGGGUCCAGUAUCUAUGGCUGGUCAUCAGAUUUGUUUCCAAGUUUGGUUGGCAUUGUCUAUGCUUACUGAUGCUUUAGCUCUGGCAGGCCAAGCUUUCCUUGCCAGUGAUUAUUCUCAAGGUAACUAUAGCAGAGCACGUGAAGUGGUCUACAAAGUCUUGCAGAUUGGUAUGGUAACCGGAGUGGGCUUAGGUGUGAGCUUGCUCCUGUGGUUUGGAACAUUGUCCAGCUUAUUCAGCUCAGACUAUGACGUCCUACAAAUCGCCAAAUAUGGUACUUUGUUUGUUGCUGGAUCUCAACCAGUGAACGCUAUUGCUUUUGUUUUUGAUGGACUAUAUUACGGGGUCUCAGACUUCGAAUUUGCUGCUUACUCAACGUUAGUGAUUGGAUUGAUCUCCUCCUCUUUCUUAUUGGUGGCUGCUCCUUUCUUUGGUCUUGCUGGAGUUUGGGCAGGGUUGUUUCUUCUCAUGGCUUUGCGUGUGGUAGCAGGAUGCCUAAGACUAGGAACAAGAACUGGACCCUGGAAAUUGCUAUGGCCUGAAUUCCAGCAGGACACUACUAAUGUAGCGGAUGGGUUGUCAGUGCAAAAAAAAAAACAGAACAUGAAUAGUCUUUAGUAUAUUUACAUAUGAUGUAUGUAUGUAUACAUAAUAUACAUAUUAUGUAUGUAUAUAUGUAAACUACGUAUGUCCUAAUAAUAUGACUUGGUUUGCAAUUCUGGAUUCCUUAAUGAAAACUGUAUCUCAGAAAGCUCAGCCGUCAGCAUCUCAUAUAUGCAGCUAGAAAAUGUAAAGAUCUCAGGUAUAACCUAUGUGCUACAACCUAACCAGCAAUGAGUAGAGAUAAAAUUGAACCUGCUACUUUUACAAGUCUUUUUAGAUAUUAGUAACACCUGUGAAGAGAGUUGAAAAUCAAAGCAUUUCAACAAAGAAAGCUUCCAACUUGUUAUCUAGUAGCUGUGUGUUAUAAUGUUCAUUUUAGUGAAGAACAAAAAGCUGACUAAGGGCAAAGAUUUGAUAGAAAGAGAAUGUUUUUCUGUUAUAGGUUAGGUAAUUUAUCAUACCCCUCCAAACCCCGAACAAAUUUUCUUUUGGUCUCGAUAUGAUUGUAUUUGGUUUUACUUUGUAAUAAAGCAAGCAAAAUACUGUUAUGACAACACAUCAAACAAUAAGUAAUCAAUAAUGUCUUUAUCCUCUUCUUUUAUUCCCUCUUUACCAGCAUACAAUAAUCUCAAGAAAUAAUUGUAGAGUAUAGUGUAUUGGAUCUAAUCUAUCUACUGCGCUCCGGCAAAUAAAGUCAGUCUCCAUCUUGUUUUGCUUUUGAAUCAUCAUCUGUAUCAAACAGCUCAAGGUUUGGAGCCAUACUAAAACUCUCUUGCAACAGGUUCUUAAAAAAAUCACUCCCAUCCUGAUUCUCCAUGAAGAAUAAGGUUUCUGUUAAGUUUAUGUGUUCAUCUGUAUAGUGAUUGUCUUCUUCCAGCAAAAGGCUCUGCAAAUAGUCAAGUUGUGUUUUCAACUCAGGUUUCGGCUCAGCUGAAUCUCUAUUCUCAUCCUGGCUAACCCAGGAGUGAUCUGAACAGUUCAAAUCCAGCAUUUUUUCAUCUUCAAACUCUUUUAAAGAAUCUAUCAUUUGGGGAACAAAAACCCUUGAUUCAUCGUCUUCAACCGUGCAAAUUGAGGAAGAACCAGAAUCAUGUCUUGUCAAAACAUAUGACUCCUCUGCACUGAAUGGUUCUGACCCCUCAUCAACUGAACAAACUGUGGAACCAGAAUCAUAUCUGUCCUCUACUCCUACACCAUCUGGGAAGUUAAGUAUGGCAUUUGGGCCAUACAUUACCCUGGCAGCCAUAUCAUAAGCAAGAGCACCUUCAACAGCUGUGUCAAAGGUACCUAACCAAUAGCGGCGCGCUUUACCGCCAUAUCUAUCACCGAGACCACAAGAAGACGGCUCCCGGAUUUCUGCAACCCACUUUCCCCAAGUCCUCUGCCUGACACCCCUGAACUGGUGAUUUGAAUUCUCAGGUCCUCCUCUACCAUGAAUGCAGUCCUUGCUUGGUGAUCCCUGAGAAGGAGAAGGACAAGCAGCAGCAGCCGUCCUCUUCUUCCUAGCCACAACCACACCAGUGGCAGCCUGGUUGGUGUUAUUUAAAGCUUUCCAUCUCAUUAACAUCUCCUCUAGAGGUUCAUACCUGUUGCGUCUUUUUCUCAUCUUAUACUGCUCACUCAACAAGCAAAUUUUCAACUGUAAGGUUCUAUGAAUCUUCUUAUUCAGCUAUUAGAGGGUGCCCUCCUUCCCCUUGAAAGAUUUGUUAUAGUUGCUCUGGCAAGCCUUCUAGUGAACUUUUCGCCUCUGCGUAAACUUAGGAAAUUGCUGGAAUGUUUCCGGUUAUGGAAGAAUGAGAUUUUUAUAAUAAAUGAAUGAAUGAAUAAUAAUAAUACUUGGUGAUCACGGGUGAGGUUGAGAUCCUGGCUGCAUAUGGAGAAGCGUAUUGGCGUCCCAGUUAAGUAAUAACUCUAAGAACGAGCUUCGAUGGGAUAUUACUUGAUACGGUACAAGAAUUGUAAACCUUGGGCGCCAAGGAAACGACUUACCCCCUCCUCCCUAAAAUAAUACUCCCUACUAUGUAACAUUAUGCCCCGUUUUUUCUUACCAAACAUAUAGUUUUGGGAUAAUGUUCAAAUUCGGCACUAUGGUUUCACGAGAAUCUCAUAUUGGACAUUAAGGUUUUAAAUAUACCAAAUUGGACACUAUGGUUACAUAUGCAUCUCAUAUUGGACACUGAAAUUUCAUAAUUCGUAGUUUUUGGACACUCACUUAUGAUUCUCUUCUUCCCUUAAUAAAAAUCGUUAGUCUUACAUUUCCUUUCCUUUUUGGUGAAAG